GCCACCGCCAGGACAAGCAGCAUGUAAAGACGCCGAGACCCACACACUGCGCUAUGACUUCACAGCCCGGUUUCCGGAGGACUCUUGGAUGCCCCUGUCCCCGAUCCUAGUAUACGCUGACGAUGAGCUCUUCCUGCGCUACAAGGGGGACAGCAGAAGAGCAGAGGCCGUGGGGCCCAAGAUCAAGGGACACACAGGAGCUGAGAACUGGGCAAGAAAGACUGAGGAUCUGCAGAGAAAGAAGGAGCAACUCAGGAGGAUGCUGGCUGCGGCCACAAAGCAGCUGGGCCAGGAGACGGGCCUUCACACCCUCCAGGAAACCUUGAGCUGUGAGCUUCAGGGAAACCAGAGCACUGGAGGCUUCUGGCGCCUGGGCUACGAUGGGCAAGACUCCCUCACCUUUGACCAGAAGACUCUCAGAUGGACAAUGACUGUGCCCUCCACCCAGCAGACCAAGGUGUUCUGGGAGACACAUGCACCCAGAGCUGAUGAAUUUAAGACUUUCUUGGAGGACAUAUGUCCUGCUCAGCUCCAGGGAUAUCUGGCUUUCUUGAAGAACUUUCCACCGGAUACAGGCCUCCCGGAGGUGAAGGUGACCAACAGGACAUACCCAGUGGGCAGGAUCACCCUGACAUGCUGGGCUUUUAAUCUGUAUUCUCGUGAGGCCACCCUGGCCUGGCUUCAGGAUGGGAAGCAGGCACAGCAGCGUACCUUUGGGCCCGGGACCAUCCUGCCCAGUGGGGACGGCACCUACCAGACCUGGGUGUCCAUUUGGGUUCUUCCUGGACAGGAACCAGAGUUCACCUGCCGCCUGAGACACCAAACCCAUGACAUCAAGGUCCCUGCUGCCCCUGAGGGACUAACAAUUGGAGGCCCCAGUAAGAUCAAGACUCCCAACCCAUAUUCUGAAGCCAGACCUUCACUCCAGGACUCCAAUGCUGCCUUGGAAGGGCCCUUAAUGCCCCGGAGGAGCAGCGAAGUUUCCCCCAGCCAGCCUUCACCCAGACGUGCAGAGCUCUGCCAAGGCGCCUUCCUCUGGCCUGCAUCACCAGCUACAGAGCACGAAACUGUGGAUCUGUGAACAUCUGAACAUCUCGUGUUCAGAGCCCUUGUUCCUCCAACAGGAGGGUGGAACACACGGUAGGUGUUCAGUAAAUAAUACAGGAUGUUGUUUAAAUCAGCAUUGCCUCCAGCUCAAACCUGAAUCUCCCCCACAAAAUUCUCCCCCACAAAGUAAGGAUUCUCUUGAGAACCAGGAAAUACGUCUGCCCCAACUUCUGGAUCAGAUUCAGGACCCGAAGACCCAACGUGGAGAAGUUCCUGUUCAAGCAGCAGUUAACCUCCUUCCAGAACCUGCACAAGCCCCGUUCCUGAAGUAGUGAGCAAGGGGGUCAGGUGAAACCCGAAAGCUCCCUGGUCUCUGGGUCUGAAGAGAGCAGGGAGACGACGGGCGGAGUACCCAGGAGCCCCCGGGGUGGGACGGCAGGAAUGGGGAUUUGAACAGUAGGAAGCGUGUGAGCUGUGAAUUAGGAACCGCGGGCAGAUUCAUCCAAAGACUCCACAUUCCUGGACUGAAAAUGCUUAUGGCUUUUUGUUUGUUUGUUUGAAUGUGUAUGAGUGUUUUGCCUGCAAGGGUGAGUGUAGGUGCACCACAGGUGUAUGCCUGGUGCCCACGAAGUUGAGGACAUUGGAUCCCCUGGAACUGGGGUUGCAGAUGGCUCUGAGCUGCCAU